AUGGCCAACGCGGUGACCCAGCACGUGGUUGUGUUCGCAGAUUUGAGCCCACAGGCGAAGGUGCAGUACACCCGGUUCCUUCUCGAGAAUGACGUGAAGUUCCAUCAGCGCACUUUGGACAAACACUUCGUGGCGAAUAUUCGUCUCGUAAAGCCACCAGCCCCAGAUGAUGAUGAUCAAGACACCACUAGCCAGGAUGAGGAGGAACUCGUAGAUGCAGACCCCAUUGACAAACGGCUGGCAGCGGUGCCCGAAGCUCUGCGAGCAUACUCGAACCUCAUUGUACUGAUCGGAGAGAGACCGAAAAGGACCAUAACUACUUCAGGCACGUACGUUAAGGAGACGAGGCUGGUACGCUUCAUCAAUGAGGUCUACGACGCCCGAUAUGAAGACUUGUCAGCGUCGAGCAUGAGCAGCUGUGAAAGUUUCGCCAGGUUCAUUCGACACUACCUCACGAAUCUGUUUGGCCUCAAACGUUUGGUUGACCAACAGGCUUGGGACCUCAUUGAAGGGCUUAACGCUCUCCAGCAUCGUGUCGAUGUCGAACUCUUUUCAUGUUUCUUGCAGGGUAAAUACCCCGAGCGUACACUGGCCUUCUUCCUGUUCGCACGGGCUAGUCUACAGCGCGUGGUUAAUGCGCCAGCGUAUCGCCCAAUGUCUGUAAAACCCUCGACGUCCAAAAGGAAGUCCAAACCCGCACAUCAGACUAGCAGUCUGAAUGUUUGGCUUUCAAGAGCACAAGCAGAGACUCUGGCCGAGACCGUGUUCGGCUCUAAGACCGAGGACACUUAUAUCGAGUUCUUGCAUGCAAUGAAGGCCUUCCUGAGCUGUGACACAAGCAUCGUGAGAGUACGAACGUCUGCUCGACUAUUGGACGCCAACGAAUUCCUCUUCAUCGCCACGGAAACAUAUCACAAAUCCAGCGCUCCAUUUCCCGGCGCUAGAAUUUGUGAGCACGGAUUCGAUACUCCACGCUCUAGUCCAAAGAACCGUAGCUUUCCCCAUUUUCCGUUCGACAAACUCAAAGCAACAAUCCACAAAGAAGCUGUCUUAUCGGAUCCGACACCAGCAACACAACACACAAAUUUUCGUACUCCAGAAACGCCGUCCAGUACUGGAGCUGCUAUCGUCGACGAUAACGACGAAGAUGAAGCACAACUCCAGUCGAGACUCGGCUCUCUUUUGGAACGCAUGAAGAAGCGGCAGCACAAUAGCGGACCAUGA